AUGUUUGAGCAUUCUAUAAAGGUUCCGAGACAUUUUAAAAUAGCUGCAAAUAUUGUUAAGAAAGUCUCAACAGAGGGUGGUAGCGUCAAAACAUUACUGUACGACGAGAAACUACGGCAUUUUAGAACGAAUGUGCUUUAUGCACUUAUAACAGAGACAAUAAAACAUGCUGCAGAUAUUGAAAAGAUUUUUGACGGUUGUGGCAUUUUGGUGAAUGAAUCACGUUUAGACCCUUGGCUUGCUAAAGUUCUCACAGCAGAACUGCUUUUUGGGAAAAAAGCUCUUCCCGGGAAAAGCAAACCUGAACAAACAAUAUUGUCUUAUAAAGAGCAGUUCGAAAAAUUUACAAGUGAUCUACAAGAUGACAUGUCAUUUAAAGAUUACUAUCCUGUUGAACCAUUCAUAAGAAACUGUUGGUCAGUUGUGGCUGCUGUAGUAGUAGUUAAUGUUAUAAUAUGCUUGUAUGCAUAUAAGGCAUAUCAUGAAAAAGAGUAUGAUGAUGAUGGCAAUGAAAUAGAUCAACACUCAUACAAACCUCCAACUGAAGCAGAAAAAACUUCAUUAAACUUAAAACAAGAU